AUGGGUGAUUCCUAUAGCCGUAAACAAGCGGCCAUCAAUCGACUAAGGCACCGGCUGAGAAAGAAACGAGAAUCUUUGGCGGAUCAUUUUGACUUCAAGAUGUAUAUUUUGUUUCAUUUCAAAGAUAAGAAGAAAACUUCUGCGUUAUUUGAAGUGGCUGAAGUCUUCCCUGUGAUGACCAACAACUAUGAGGAAAAUAUACUUCGAGGUGUUAGAGAAGAAGCUUAUUCUUAUGAAAGCACAAAGGAACUGUUGGAUAAAGAUGUAGUUCAGCUACAUGCCACUAGAUGGCAGUCCAUGAGAAAGGAUGUCUUGGGCUGCACUUCUGAUAUGGACUUCAUGUUAUGGCCACGGAAUGAUAUUGACAAAAUUGAAUGCUUGCUGUUUUCUCGAUGGAAAGGAGACAAUGGAACCUUUAAGCCCUUGCAGACUGUAUUUGAGUUUGCACACCAUGAAUAUGAGAAGCAGCUGCUGCAUGUUGCUGUUCGCAACCAGAAGUCAGCUUUGAUCAUCAACAAUGCUUUGCAGUCAAUGUUUCUGUUUGUGGACAAGCAUGUUAUCCAAACCAACAGUACUAAACUGAUAAUAUUUAAGUUAUGCAGUCUCUGUCUCUACCUACCACAGCAUACACACACCUCUCUUCCGUCUGCAUCUAACACAUUCACCUCUUUUGCCCACAUCUAA